AUGCCGGCUGUAAAAGGAGAUGGCAUGCGAGGGCUUGCCGUUUUUAUUAGCGAUAUAAGAAAUUGCAAAAGCAAAGAAGCUGAACUGAAACGUAUAAACAAGGAGUUGGCAAACAUCCGAUCGAAAUUCAAAGGCGAUAAAACCCUUGACGGCUAUCAGAAGAAAAAGUAUGUGUGCAAACUAUUGUUCAUCUUCCUUCUUGGAAAUGAUAUUGAUUUUGGACAUAUGGAAGCCGUCAAUCUUCUCUCUUCGAACAAAUAUACGGAGAAGCAAAUUGUAAAGCUUCAAGGAUAUUUGUUUAUAUCGGUGCUCAUUGAGCAACAAUCCGACUUGAUGAAACUGAUUGUGCAAGGAAUUCGUAACGAUUUGACAUCGCGCAAUCCGGUCCACGUCAAUCUCGCCCUUCAGUGCAUUUCCAACAUGGGAUGUCGUGAAAUGGCGGAAGCGUUUUGCACGGAUCUCCCCAAACUUUUGGUAUCGGGAGAAACCAUCGACUUCGUCAAACAAUCUGCUGCGUUGUGCAUUCUGAAGCUAUUCCGUAAUUCGCCGGAAUCUUUCCAGCCGGGAGAGUAUGCACCUCGUAUUGUUCAUCUACUCAAUGAUUCGCAUAUGGGAGUUGUCACCGCUGCUGCGUCUCUUAUAGAAGCUUUGUCCAAGAGAUGGCCUGAAGACUAUAAAGGGGCUGUUCCAUUAGCGAUUUCGCGUUUGAGUCGAAUCGUCACCGCGACCUAUACCGAUCUUCAAGAUUAUACUUACUAUUUUGUGCCGGCUCCAUGGCUUUGCGUUAAGCUUCUUCGGCUUCUUCAAAACUACCCACCACCAGAUGAUCCGUCUAAUAAAGCCAGACUUCUUGAAUGCCUCGAAGGCAUUUUGAACAAGGCUCAAGACGCUCCAAAAUCGAAAAAAGUUCAGCACUCGAAUGCGAAGAAUGCUGUUCUUUUUGAGGCGAUUGCCCUCAUUAUUCAUAUGGAUUCCGAGCCGCAUCUUCUAGUUCGCGCUUGCAACCAACUUGGAACUUUUCUGUCGCAUAGAGAGACCAAUUUGAGAUAUCUCGCUCUUGAAUCAAUGUGUCUCCUUGCUACCUCAGAGUUCUCUCAUGAUGCGGUUAAGAAACACCAAGACACCAUCAUCAAUAGCCUUAAAACUGAAAGAGAUGUUUCGGUUCGCCAACGUGCUGUUGACCUUCUUUAUGCAAUGUGCGAUCGCUCAAACGCUAAACAAAUUGUUGCUGAAAUGUUGGCGUAUUUGGAGACUGCUGACUAUUCAAUUCGUGAAGAAAUGGUGCUCAAGGUUGCAAUACUUGCUGAGAAGUAUGCAACCGAUUACACGUGGUACGUCGAUGUCAUUCUCAAGCUCAUUCGGAUUGCUGGUGACUAUGUCAGCGAGGAAGUCUGGUACCGUGUCAUUCAGAUUGUCGUUAAUCGUGAAGAUGUUCAAGGAUAUGCUGCUAAAACUGUCUUCGAAGCUUUGCAACGCCCAGCCUGUCAUGAAAAUAUGGUCAAAGUUGGGGGAUACAUUCUUGGUGAAUUUGGAAACUUCAUUGCUGGAGAUGAACGUUCUAGUGCUAAAAUUCAAUUUGAGCUUCUUCAUUCCAAAUUCCAUUUGUGUAGCAUCACCACGAGAUGUUUGUUGCUCACCACUUAUAUUAAGUUCUGUAAUCUUUUCCCGGAAAUUAAACCUCUCGUUCAACAAGUUUUCCGCACUGAUCAUAAUUUGCGUAAUCCGGAUGCUGAGCUCCAGCAACGCUCCAUCGAAUAUCUUCAAAUGAGUCAACUUGCAUCUAGCGAUGUCUUGGCUACGAUUCUCGAAAUUAUGCCACCAUUUGCCGAGAAAGAAAGUAGCCUUCUUGCUAAGCUAAAGAAAACGAAACCGCAAAUGGAAGAAAUCGAACGUGAGGAUCGCGAAAAGAAGUCAAAACCGGCAGCGGUUAUGAACGAAGGAUCGCCAUCACUUGUUGAAAUUGAUAACACAGUCUCAAGCAAUACCUCUACUUUGACUGAUGUUUUCGGAGGAAACAAUACUUCAUCGAUUCUUGCUGUGCCAAAUGACGAAUCGGAAAUCAGCAACAAAUCGGAUUAUUUGAAAUUCGUCUCGAAAAAUAAUGGAGUGCUUUAUGAAGAUGAUAUAAUUCAGCUUGGAUGCAAACUUGAAACAAAAAAUAAUUUGGCACGUCUUGGAAUGUUUUAUGGCAACAAGACCUCACAGGUCUUAACCAAUUUCAACCCGAUUGUUACUUGCCCCGGAGCAUUGGCAGUGCAAUUGCAAGCGCAGGCAAAACCAGUCGAGCCCACUGUUGCCGCUGGAACUCAAGUGCAACAGCUUAUUAAUUUUGUUUGCAUCCAAGAGUUCCAGAAAGUUCCAAUCAUCAAAAUUAAGUUUAAUUACACUGACCGCAAUGGCUCGCCUCAGCAUUUCGAUAAGAAUUUCUAUCUUCCACUGUUCAUCAACAAGUUCUUUGAACCGACUAAUAUGACAUCGGAGCAAUUUUUCACUCGUUGGAAGUCGCUCGGCCAAAACUCGCAAGAGUGCCAAAAGAUAUUCAAUGCGAAAUAUUCAAUGGAAAAUUCUGUUAUUGAACAGAAGCUUAAAGGAUUUGGAGCAAAUCUUCUGACUGAGGUUGACCCGAACCCAGAUAACUUUGUUUGUGCUGGAAUAAUUCACACUCAAACUCAGCAAAUCGGCACACUUAUUCGUCUUGAACCAAACAAGCAGGCUAAGAUGUUCCGUUUGACGAUCCGCUCGAGCAAGGAUACAGUUGUCAACAAUUUGUGUGAAAUUCUCGCUGAGCAAUUCUAA